AUGCCACAAAGACAGCAGCGGUGGACGCAUCCAGGCAAGAACAGCCUGAACGACUGGAACCAACUACCAAAAGGUUGGAAUUAUGAUGAGCCGGAUCUUGAUCCCCAAGAUAUAGAGGCUCAAAUUCAAAGAUGCAAGGAGAGAAUCGAAGACAACAUCAUGCCUUACAUAUUCAGCAUCAGUAAGGCCUAUGUCGCAAAUAUGCGGAAAUCAAACGCUAAUCACCGAAUUAGUGCCAUCGUUGCUCCAUACCAAGGAAAGGGACUUUCGUGGAGUCUCAUCCAGCGGUUGGAGUGCCUAAAGGGCCUGAAGGAAGAACUAUCGGCAAAUGGGGACGCUUUUGAGGAGCUUCCCAAUGUCGAGUCAAUUAUUACGGCUUAUGAGUCUGGGGAUCUGAAAUUGGAUGGACAGAUCACGUACUGGUCUUAUGGAAAAUUUAUACAUCGUUCGAACACAUUUGAUUGGAAUGAGUUUAAAACGGUGAAUAGAAUACAUCAAGGCUAUAAGGGCUUCUGGGUCGAAGGGAGGGGUGAGGAGCCAGGGCCAACAUCUGUGAAUUCAUAUAAAGCCAUCUGCUCUGCAGAUAGUGAUGGGCAAUACGUGAUUCCAUUGGUCCUCAGGCUCGGACAAGAUCCAAUGCAAGACAAAAACAAAUCAAAGCUGGAGCCAGAAAUCGAGUUCGACUUCAUCGAUGAUACAGGCUGUGGCCCAUUGAAGAUUUAUACGGACGAUGUAGCCAUACUACAGGGUCUGAAUGUUGCAACAGGAGUCGAUUGGCCAUGGCCACAGUUGAUUGGAUACGAGCCCAUGAAGAGCGCUGAUGGAACAGUCAGUUAUAUUCUCGCUAUCAUGGUCGAAGUCAAUAUUUACAAUAAGCCGAAGGGCCAUGCGAAUCGUCAGCUUGGAAUCCCGGCGUGGGUCCCGGCGGUAGCUCUGGUGGAUCCUGGGAAGUCAGUAGGUCCUGCGGGGCUUAAUGAAAGGCUUAGUGGGCGUUGGUUGCGGUCUUCUCUUUUCACGGCCACGGCACCGGGAUCUAACCAAUGUUUGUAUAUCAGCUCUACAAAGACGGGCCUCAUGGAGAAGGAUAUGCUACCCAGAGUGGAUGUAAAGGAUAUCAGGCCAAUGAGGUUGGUUCGCUCCAGGUAUCUUGUUGGGAGUCGCAGGGUUCAGAGGAAGCCGAGGAUUGCAUAUCAAUAUACGACCCAACGAAGGGGUUUGUCAAGGGAGAGGAAGGAAUUAAAGUACAUAAGCUUCAAACCUAAGGCUCGAUAG